AAAGAGUCACAGUCAGUAUAAGGCAGACCAGGGCUAUACAUUUAGUUCUUCCUGGAAAAUAAAGAUAAUUUCUGAAAGCCAAAACCAAAAUAUUCCUUCUCCAUUAAAGGAUCUUUAUUCUCAACCAUAUUCCAGACCAGCAUCAAACAAUGAAUUUUUCCUCUCUCCCCCCCCCAUCCCUCCACCCACGACCUCCUUCCUCCUCCCCUGACCUCUCUAUAAUCCUGUCCACUGUCAUCCUGGCCUGGGCAUUUGUUCUGGGUUUCCCCGGGAACUUGUUUGUGGUGUGGACAGUGUUGUGUCGUGUGGCCCGGCGCUCCGUCACCUGCCUGCUGCUCUUGAAUCUGGCUAUGGCAGAUGCCCUGGUUCUGCUCACCACUCCCUUCUUCAUGCGUUCUGCCGCCGGGGGCCAAGGAUGGGAGUUUGGGAUGGCCUUCUGCAAGCUGGUUCAUUACCUCUGCGGUGUCAACAUGUAUGCCUCCAUCUUCCUCAUCACCGCCAUGAGCCUUGACCGCUUCCUGGCCGUGUCCCGCCCCUUCCUGUCCAAGCAUCUGCGUACCAAGAGGGCCCUGCUCAAGAUUCUGCUGGUUAUCUGGAGCCUGGCUUUCCUCUUCGCGAUUCCCAUGCCCGUCUACCGCAGGGUUUUCACAAAAGGAGGAUUGUUUAACUGCAUACUGUUCCACAGCGAUCCAAACCACAUGAUUUUCCAAUACCUGAUGGAGGCAAUCGCUGGGUUCCUGAUUCCCUUCUCCGUUAUCCUAUUCUGCUCUUUAUACAUUUGCUGGAAAUUUAAAAGCACCGCGUUUGAGAACAAAAGCAGACAGAUUAUCCUUCCCAUUGUGGUCGCUUUUUCUGUCUUCUGGAUGCCCUAUCACAUUGUGAACCUCAUCCAGGUUUCGGGUGCUUUAGCUGGGGAAGAAUCACUCAAGAAUGCCCUCCUGGAUGCUGCUAAAAUCGCCAGGCACAACGUGACGGCCUUCGCGUUCUUUAGCAGCAGCAUCAACCCCAUUCUCUACGUCUUCGCUGGAAGAAUUUACAUCCGGAGCGACGGCCUCAAUUUCAUGGCUGUCAUGUUGGAGAAAACCAAUUCUGAAAUGUCGGGAUCAGGGGUUUUUUCCCAGUCAAGCAGAGCAAAUGCAAGAUUGACUGAAUCCUUAGACUUAGGAAAUUCCCCAGAAAAUAAAACGCUUUCCAUGUCAACUUGAAGGAACCCAAUGUCUACCAGUAGAGUAGAGCUUAGAAUUUCACAGAAUUUAAAAUCCUACAUGUGAAGGAGCCAAUUGGAGGCUCUAUUGAUAGAAACUCAGACCUUGGCUAUAAUAUAUGUAAUAUAUGUAGAGCUACCAUCCUGUAUCCCUCCUACCCUUCCUCUCCAAAACCCUCGAGCGGGCUGUACACCGCCAGUUCUCUGCUUUCCUGUCCAACCACUCUCUGCUUGACCCUCUCCAAUCUGGCUUCCUCUCUGCUCACUCCACUGAAACCACCCUCCUGUCUGUCACCAACUCACUAAACUCUGCCCGAGCUGCCUCUCUCUCUUCUGUCCUAAAUCUCCUCGACCUCUCUGCUGCCUUUGACACUGUUGAUCACUCUAUUCUACUAUCCUCUCUCGCUGACCUAAGAAUCUCUGGCACUGCUCUGGUCCAGGCCCUGGUACUCUCCCGCCCAGACUACUGCAACUCCCUCCUGGCUGGCCUCCCUGCGUCCGCCACCCGUCCGCUUCAGCUCAUCCAGGCUAGGUAACAAUACUCUUAAAUAUCUAUUCAGGUAUUGUGCAAUCCCUUUUUGUAGUGUCAGUAUGUACUAAUAUUUAUUUGGUAAAUUGUUGUUUAAAACCUUCUAAUUGUAAUGCUUUUAAUGUGAUAUUAAUUGUGUAACUGUUUUGUGUGAUUUUUAAACUUAUUUUGUUGCAUGCUUAAUAAAUGCCAUCUUUCUAAGAAGAGAUUCCCAGUACUGGAUCAUUCACUCAUGUUGAACAAAUACGAUUUAUGAACUUUAAACAGCCUGGAAUGUGGUCUGUAUUUGGCUUGUUGUAACGUGUAAAUCCACUAUCAUUUUCAGAGAGCGAUAUUGAAAACGGGUUUGUACAUUAUAAUAGGAUGCAGUUAUUGUUUUGAGAAUAUAUUAACUGCUCACAAUAGUACCCACAGGUGUGCAGAUUUAGAUUUUUGACUAAUUCUUUUUACCAUGUUUUUUACAGAAUAUAACCUUAAUCCUGAACCUGACCUAACCCUACCCCUCUCUAACUUCAGCCCUAACCCUAACCCUUUUCUGGUACAAUUUGGUACUUGCAUACGUUGGAAAAAGAUUUACACAUUUAGCGCAUUGUAACUAUGCAUAACAACAUUGUAAUUAUGUGUGUAAGUACACAUGUAUUUACUAAUAUAUAACUAUAUUAAUACACAGUAAUUAGAGACACUUCACGUAAAGUG